AUGCCUUCCUCAUCGCAUCUCCGCAUACAAACCUCCUUCGAGCCCUUCACCGCCGAGACCACCCGCUCCCACUUUGUCUCUUCACCACCGCAAAAGAAGCAGAAGAUGUCUCUCACCCAAACCUACUACAUUGCUGCCUCCGCCCGCUCCAAGCUCGGCAAAGAGGCAUGCAGGGCCGACCACGACCUCCGCCUUCUCGUUGGACACGCAAACCUCCUCGACAGCCUCAUGGUCGAGCUCCAAGACGCCGAACGCCAGCAAGAACAAUGGUUCAACCAGACCAUGGCCAAGGCCUCCAAGUCCGAAGAGCCCCGCCACAUUCAAUGGGCCGACAGCAUUGCUGAGGAGGAAGACGACGACGACGAGUCCGACUCGGACUCUGAGAACGAAGACGACUUUGACAUGAUCCCCCUGCCUCGCCGCAUCGCUCAGUCACCAGUUCAGAUCAGCACAAUGGAGGUCGACGACGACGAGGAUGAGGACGAAUUCUACGACGACAUGGAGGACGACUCGGAGCUCGCUCUUACUCGAGUGCCAUCGCAACUACAAUCACCACCCGAGCUCACCUACGAAGAAGAGUCCGAUGACGAGUCACCACCUACAUCGCCCCCACAAGCGUCUUUCAACUUCUCCGACAAGGAGGCCAUGCUUACAACAACCUUCUACGACGCAAAACCAGCCUCGCAAGACAUCGAGGACCAUCCGCUGUUCAUGGAUACCACCGCUCCGCUCAUCUCAAGUUAUUAG